GAUGUUUUCGUCUUUUUUCCUCCGUUGGAACGGAUUGAGAGAACUUCUUUGUCGCGCGACGUACGCGCGAUCCUAUUAAAGCCGCGUCGCCCGCGGACGGAUCGCCUCGGCGGCUGACCGGCGGAGGCCUUUUCGGAGGCGCCCAGGCGCCCCUGAACCUCGGAUCCUAGAAUGGCCCCCGGUCUCGCUGGCCACUCCACGCGAGGAGGCCGGAACUGAGAUUCCGAUCCCGAACCUCAGAAGUGCGAGGCCGACAUGCAGCGUUCGUUAAAGAAGGGCUUCUUUAGUCCUGCAAUUGUCGGACGUGUGUGUGUGUUUUUUUCCCAAAGUAUUUCAAAUGCAACGAUAUGCGGUUUGGCAAAUAACGUUGACAUGAAAACGCCUUCCGGAGCGACCCGAGCGACACCGGCCUGACCUGCGAUGCGCGGUGCCGCCGCGAGGUGGCGCAAUGUCAUCCCUUGUGAGCAUGUGACAGCGUUGUUAGAGCGAUGACGCCGACCGGUGCAAACCGCUCGCAACGUGACGGAAAUGUUGAAUUAUCGUUUGACCCGAAUCCAUUUUGAUGGCGUGCGUGCAGAUGCUGGAUUUGCCGCCGCUGUUGUGAAAUAAGAUCGCGAGGAAGGAUCUGAAAAGGAGGGAGGCGGUGAGUCCCGGCUUCCCAUGAUGCAUCGCUUUCUGUAGUGUCGUCGCUUAGGGAGAUGUUGGGAACGCCAUCGAGACGCAGCCGCCCUGCGUCUCACCCUUCGACGGCGGCGGCGGCGGCGACGGAGACAAUAAGCGCGCUGGCUCCUUAAGCCGCUGCGUCUUCGGUCUUCGGUCUUCGGUCUUCGGCCACCGCAAGCCAUGGCGUCGGGCGACGUCGCGCUGGAGAAUCAGCUGCACAGCGCCCAGAAAAACCUGCUCUUCCUCCAGCGGGACCACGCCGACACACUGAAGGGGCUGCAUGCCGAGAUCCGCCGACUGCAGCAGCAAUGCACAGACCUGACGUACGAGCUCACCUCACGAAGCUCCGAUCCUUCAGACAGCGGCGAGGCGCGAUCCCGAGAGCUGCAAAGGAGGUGUGAGGAGCUGGAGGCGGAGCUGAAGAAGAAGGAGGAGGAGAACACCGAGCUGCUCAGGGACCUGGAGCAGAAGAACGCCAUGAUCUUCGUCCUGGAAAACACCAUCAAGGAGCGGGAGAAGAAGUACCUGGAGGAGCUGAAGAUGAAGAGCCACAAGCUGGCCCUUCUGUCCGGAGAGUUGGAGCAGCGAGCCGGCACCAUCGCUUACCUGACGUCGCAGCUUCACGCCACCAAGAAGAAACUUCUGGCGGGCAGCUCCUCGGAGGGGAGCCCCAAGGUCAGCCCGGUCGCCUCCUUCGAGCCCGCGCCGCCGCCGCCGCCGCCGGCCAAAGACGGGCAGCCCGAAACCCCGCGCCGCCGCAUGAGGAAGAGCCUCUCCCAGCCUCUCCACCCCGAGCUGACCGAGGUGUACCGGCUCGGCGCCGACGGCAAGCGGGUGGUCCUGCGCGAGGCCGUGGACGCCAUGCCCGACCCGACGCCCUUCCUGCAGGCGGGCAGAGAGUCUCCGGAUCCGCAGGUGGUACGGGAACGACCCGCCGUCAUCCCUCCUAUCGCCUCGGAGCGCCCGCCCGCCGGCCCCCGUCGCGGCCCGGCUCGGGACCGCCAGUACGGGGCUCACGUGGGCGUGGCUCACCGCAUCCCCCACGGAUCCCCUCGCUCGGCCCCGCCCCGAGCGGAGCUGGAGACUCUGGCGGUGGACCGGGUGAAAGAGGAGAAGGUUGCGCGGAAGCGUUCCGGGGCUGACAGGACAGUUUGAAGCCGUCGCGCGCACCAAACACGACUCGCAAAACGUUCGGGAUUUUCGGCUUUCGGGUCAAAUUUCAGGAUGAAACUAAAAUGCGCUACGGCGAAGCCCGCGGACAUGCGCCCUUCGGCAUUUCCUCUUUUAUUUGCUGAAACUCACAGAUUCGUCGUGUUUUUUUUUUGGGGGGGGGGGGCCCUCGGGCCAAAGCCGUGUCUAAUACAAAAAUAGUGCCUUGGCGCCAUCGGCUGCCAUCCUGGGCCCAAGUCACUAUGUUGAACUGAGCAGAGGAACUUCAUUUAGUAAAGGCAUCGUCUUGUCUAAUAGAAAAGAAAAAAAACUGUGCUUUGCUGCCAUCUUGUGACUUCUUUCGGCAAUUACAAAAGCCUUUUGGUUGGACGGACGUCAAUUCCUCGGGGCAGAUCUCUGUCCCCAGCCCCCCGCUAAUAUCGGGGGUCACUGUGUAACCUUGACCUCGACAGUUGUCAAAGUCCAACUUUGCCAGUUCAGUUGGCGACUCAGCGAUUCGAUCCGUGCACGCGCUUGAAAAACACAAUAGACAUAUAAAAUAUACGUAAUAUAUUGCAUUCACAUGACUUGGCGGCAGCCAGCUGGGUCUCGCGAGCGUAAAACCGGCAAAGAUAUUUUUAGCGUGCGAGAGCUUCUGUGCGUUUCGGUGGGCUGUCAUCUGCCAGUCGCCGCGUCGUGCGCCUGCAAAAAAAAAAACGAGUCGCGCAAAGUUGAGCUCAGUCGGGUCGAGCCGCGUCGCUCGGUGCGCGGCGGGCUUCGCGCAUAUCGAAAAGGAACAAUUCACACCCGGUUUUGUUUUGACUGAAUCAUAACCCGUUUAUGUUUGUGCUUUUUCUGCACUGUCAAUUUGAAAUCAUGUCCUGUUUUUGGAUUAAGAAUUUUUUUCAAUCGGGUUCAUCGAUUAAUUGAAAGAUCAAUCGAUUCUUCAAAUAGUCGUUAGUUCCAGCCCCAAUGCCAAUUUGAAUUGAUUUCGCAAAUGCAUCGGUCGAUCCGCGGACCUGCAAUGAAUUUCGCUCUUCGGCUCCAGCAACUUGGGCAAAAAGCACCGAAACGUCGAAGAGUCGCACGUGUGCGUUACAAAGUUCUGAAGUUGGCCCACAAAGGCGGGGGUCCGUUUUUGGGGUCAUCCUGAAACGUUAGCCGAAUGGCCGAUCUGCCCGACUUUUUGCGAGGAGCGCAAAUACCGGACGAUUCCCAAAGGGCGUGCGGGCGGGAGCCCGAGCGCCGUGUCGCCUGCUUCGUACGCAAAACACCGCAACGUGAAAUGAAAAUGUCCGAACGCAGGGGUGUCAAACUCGUUUUUGCCGCCGAAGGGCCGCCGUGACUGCCGACACGUAUACCGUAAAUGUUCAGUUGAUACAUAUGCGUGCAAAAAAAACACGAAUAACUCUAUUUGAAAUCGAAAGCCGGUCCAAAAAAGUUGUUAAUUCCGUUUAUUUUGAAAGGGGGAUUGGGAACAAAAUGCAAUAUUGCAACAAUUUGCAAAGUUGUUAUUUUAGCCACAAACGUGAAGUCGACCGCACCGGAUUUGCUUCCGCGGGUUCCCGUGGAUCGAUGUGGCCCGCGGGCCUCGAGUUUGACACCCGCGCGGUGACGGCUCAACGGGACCGCCGCGGCGCUGAGCGUGCCAACCGUUCCGUCUUUCGGCGCCGGCCGAAUCCCCGCAUCGGCCGUGACUCCGCCAACGCUCUCUGAAUGUCUUUCACCUUCUUGCAAUGUCACUAUAAUAAUAAUAUAACUGUAGUUUGUAUAAUCAAGGUGAACCGGCGGCGCGUGUAUACACGCUUGAAUUCAUCACGGUGCAAAUGUCUUCCUGGGGCGGAGAAGAAGCACGGGAACGUCUGCAUUAUCUCCGUGUUAUUUGUGCUGACGGGGCAUUUGCAAAAGCACUGCUGUCAUAGGAUUUGCUGAUAUAAUUACACUUACUAGGCUGCACAUUUGUAAGGAAUUCCUUUUUGAAUUGAUUGUUUACUGGAGAAUACAACCACGCCUCGGAUAGGAAUUGUCACUUUAAAUCCUGCUUUUCACAUAAGACUUGUCCUUGAAUCAUAUAAAUGCGCACAAUAAAGCUCUUUUUGGUCGCCCGCUGGCUCGCGUUUCCCGGCUUCUAACGCCAAUCCUGCCGACGCGGGGCCGGACGUCGACUCCCGCGCUCUCCCGCUCCAAAAGAGAUCGAUCCCAGCGCCGAGCCAAAAUCGGACAGAAUCCCAUCGUCCCAUAAUCCCGCCCCUGCUGUAAGUUUUGAAACAUUUUUCACCCCCAGUCAAUCCUUCGCCGUUUUUUCUUCCUCGGUCCUAAAUAAUCGGUCACCGUAACGAAUAGAAUGUUCGAGAAACAAAACACACAUUCAACAGUCGACGGUUCCACUCGAGGCCACAUUUAAACGGUUUCAAGCCUUAGAUUCGGCUGUCAUCCAUUUUUAUUUGAAAAAUACAAUUAGUCUAUCCGCUCUUCAGAAAAGUAAACAGGAAGGAGGCCUGACGGUCGCCGGGGGGGGGGGGGG